UCUGCGGUCGGCGGAAGUGUAGGAGCUUGGCGUUGAAUGAUGCAGAAUGUUCAGCUAGCCAAGUGUCCAGAGGGUGUCGUUUGUUUUGAAAACAGCGGUCCUUUUCGGGCGCUUUAAAUGCACAGUCGCGUUCAGGGGUCUGUGUUCGAAAUGCUGAAGAAACGCAGAGCGGCGCAGAGAUUUCCAUUGCGUAGCGCUGCCGCGUAACGUCGUGCUCCUCAGUCAGUGCAGUCAGCUGGACGGAAGCUGCGCCGUGAUGGGGAAUCAGCUCGCGGGCAUCGCUCCGUCCCAGAUUCUGUCCGUGGACAGCUACUUCUCCGACAUCCACGACUACGAGUAUGACAGGAGCCUGGGCAGCACCAGGUUCUUCAAGGUGGCUCGGGCGAAGCACAGAGAGGGACUCGUGGUGGUCAAAGUGUUUGCCAUCCAGGACCCCUCUCUGCCUCUGACCAGCUACAAGCAAGAGCUGGAGGAGCUCAAGAUCAGGCUGCACUCGUGCCAGAACUGUCUGCCCUUCCAGAAGGCCACGCUCACGGAGAAGGCUGCCAUGCUCUUCCGCCAGUUCGUGCGGGACAACCUGUACGACCGCAUCAGCACGCGGCCUUUCCUCAACAACAUCGAAAAGAAGUGGAUCGCCUUCCAGAUCCUGAACGCCGUGGACCAGGCGCACAAGUCGGGCGUGAGACACGGCGACAUCAAGACUGAGAACAUCAUGGUGACCAGCUGGAACUGGGUGCUCCUUACGGACUUUGCCAGCUUCAAGCCCACCUACUUGCCGGAGGACAACCCGGCAGACUUCAACUACUUUUUUGACACGUCGCGGAGACGGACGUGCUACAUCGCUCCCGAGCGCUUCGUGGACGGGAGCAUGUUCGCCACAGAAAGUGACCAGACCACACCUCUCAUGGACCUCAGCUCCAGUAGCCAGAGGACCCGCGGGGAACUCAAACAGGCCAUGGACAUAUUCUCUGCAGGUUGUGUUAUAGCAGAGCUCUUCACAGAGGGGAUUCCUCUUUUUGACCUCUCGCAGCUUCUGGCCUACCGCAAAGGGCACUUCCAGACCGAGCAAGUGCUCAUGAAAAUCGAGGACAGGAGCGUCAGAGAGCUGGUGGCCCAGAUGGUGCAGCGUGAGCCAGAGAAGCGUCUGACUGCAGAGGAGUAUCUGAAGCAGCAGAGGGGAAAGGCCUUCCCAGACAUCUUCUAUACUUUCUUGCAACCCUACAUGGCCCAGUUUGCCAAGGAGACGUUCCAGUCAGCCGACGAACGAGUCCUAGUGGUGCGUAAGGACCUGGAGAACAUCCUCCACAAUCUGUGCGGGGGUGAGCAAGCUGAGAAAGCGGCGCGAGCCACAGAGUCAGACACUACCAAGGAGCACGCGCUGGCCGUGCUUGUGUCUGUCAUUACAUCGUGUCUGCAGACCCUGUGCACCUGCGACUCCAAGUUGGCGGCUCUGGAGCUGGUGCUGCAUCUGGCAGAGCGGCUUAGUGUCGAAGUGCUGUUGGACCGCAUCACGCCCUACUUGCUGCAUUUCUGCAGUGACUCUGUGCCCCGCGUGCGAGCUGAGGCCCUGCGCACACUCACUAAAGUGCUGGCGCUGGUCAAGGAGGUGCCCCGCAACGACAUCAACAUCUACCCUGAGUACAUCCUGCCUGGAAUUGCUCAUCUGGCCCAGGAUGAGGCGACCAUCGUCAGACUGGCUUAUGCAGAGAAUAUUGCACUUCUGGCUGAAACAGCCCUUCGCUUCCUUGAGCUGGUCCAGGAGAACAAUCUGAAUAUGGAACAUGACCUGAAUGGGGAGGAUGCUGAGGAAGCCCUGCAUCCCAAUGAAAACUAUGAUUCUGAGCUGCAGGCGCUGCAUGAGAUGGUGCAACAGAAAGUGGUGACCCUGCUCAGUGAUCCCGAGAACAUCGUCAAACAGACGCUAAUGGAGAAUGGCAUCACCCGCCUCUGUGUGUUCUUUGGCCGGCAGAAGGCCAACGACGUGCUUCUCUCCCAUAUGAUCACCUUCCUCAAUGACAAGAAUGACUGGCACCUCCGUGGCGCCUUCUUUGACAGCAUUGUGGGGGUGGCAGCCUAUGUGGGUUGGCAGAGCUCGUCCAUCCUGAAGCCCCUGCUGCAGCAGGGCCUGAGUGACGCAGAGGAGUUUGUCAUCUGCAAGGCCCUCAAUGCCCUCACGUGCAUGUGCCAGCUUGGGCUGCUGCAGAAGCCACACAUCUACGAGUUUGUCAGCGACAUCGCUCCAUUCCUAUGCCACCCAAACUUGUGGAUCUGCUACGGUGCCGUGGGCUUCAUCACUGUGGUGGCAGAGCACCUCAACAUCGCUGAUGUCUACUGUAAGCUCAUGCCUCACCUCACGCCCUUCAUCACGCAGCCCAUUAUACAGAUUGAUAAAGAAAUCGUUCUCCUGAGUGUGCUGAAGGAGCCGGUGAGUCGCUCCAUCUUUGACUACUCCCUGCGUUCCAAGGACAUCGGCAGCUUGUUCAGGCAUCUGCUGCUUCGGCAGAAGAAGCGAAACGGCCUCAUCCCCGAGUGCCCCAUUCCUGAGGAUCCUGCCAUCGCUCAGCUGCUGAAGAAGCUGCUCUCACAGGGAAUGACAGAGGCUGAGGAAGACAAGCUUCUGGCCUUGAAGGACUUCAUGUUGAAAUCCAGCAAGGCCAAGGCCAACGUCGUGGACCAGAGCCACCUCGGUGACACCAUGCAGAGUGGGGUCAUUGAUCUGGCAGCGCUGGGCAUCAUGGGACGCCACGUGGACCUUGUCAAGCCCAAGCACGAGUCCGAGGACAAGAGAGCAAGGAAGCACACAAAGCAGGACUCCAACAUGAAUGAGGAGUGGAAAAGCAUGUUUGGGUCCCUGGAGCCAUCUAAUGUCACAGCAGCCCCCCCACCACCCACGGUGACAGAGGGUCCGGCGUUGCAGCCCAGGAAGGCAGCCUUGCCCGUGGUGCAGUCUGUGGGUGGAGCUUCCACCUACCAGCGACGCCUCACCACAUGCAAGACGGAGCUGCAGCAGCUCGUGCAGCAGAAGCGGGAGCAGUGCACCGCCGAGCGCAUGGCCAAGCAGAUGAUGGAAAGCACCGAGUGGGAGAGCCGCCCGCCGCCACCAGGAUGGCAUCCGAAGGGCUUGCUUGUGGCCCACCUACAUGAGCACAAGUCUGCUGUGAACCGCAUCCGUGUGUCUGAGGAGCACUCCAUUUUUGCCACGUGCUCCAACGACGGCACCAUCAAAAUCUGGGACUGUCAGAAGAUGGAGGGAAAGACCACAACCACCAGAUCGGUGCUGACUUAUUCACGCAUCGGAGGACAUGUGAAGACCUUGAGCUUCUGCCAGGGCUCGCAUUACUUGGCAGUGGCCUCUGACAAUGGAUCCAUCCAGCUGCUCGCAGUGGAGGCCAACAAACCACCCAAAUCACCCAAAGUCCACACUUCCCAGACCAGGUUCUUGGACCUGAAGGAGGACGGCUGUGUGGUGGACAUGCACCACUUCAACUCGGGGGCACAGUCAGUGCUGGCCUAUGCCACCGUCAACGGCUCACUGGUGGGAUGGGACCUGCGCAGCAACAGCGAUGCCUGGACGCUGCGGCACGACCUACGCCUUGGUCUCAUUACCUCCUUCGCUGUGGACAUGCACCAGUGUUGGCUAUGCGUGGGCACGUGUAAUGGCACUAUGGCAUGCUGGGACAUGCGCUUCCAGCUGCCCAUCUCCAACCACUCCCAUCCAGCCCGGGCCCGAAUCCGCCGCUUGCUUAUGCAUCCACUGUACCAGUCGUCUGUCAUCGCUGCUGUCCAGGGCAACAACGAAGUGUCAAUGUGGGACAUGGAGACCGGAGACCGGAAGUUCACACUGUGGGCCAGCACUGCUCCCCCCCUGUCGGAAAUGCAGCCCUCACCUCACAGCGUCCAUGGGAUAUACUGCAGCCCCGCAGAUGGAAACCCUCUGCUCCUCACCGCUGGAUCAGACAUGAGAAUCAGGUUCUGGGACCUGGCCUACCCCGAGAGGUCCUACAUCGUUGCAGGAGGUGCUAGCGACUCCCUUCACUGCCCAUCCGUCUUCUACAAUCGCAAGAUUAUCGAAGGAACAGAGGUCGUGCAGGAGAUCCACAGCAAGCAGAAGAGUGGCUCUACUGAGGAUGUCCCUCGACGAGGACCAGAAUCGUUGCCCGUCGGCCACCAUGACAUCAUCACUGACAUCGCCACCUUCCAGACCACGCAGGGCUUCAUCGUCACAGCCUCCAGGGAUGGUAUUGUCAAAGUUUGGAAAUAGUCUCAUGCACCACCCCAACCUA